AUGCUUACGGAUACAUGCGGAUGCUCCAGCUGCAUGUCCUUGAAAGAUAUUGUAUUCACGCUUCCUAGUAAGGAGAAUCAAACAACUUCUUCAUGGACUACUGUUCAGCAACGAGUACACAACUAUUAUUCUACCGUCAGCGCUAUUCCCACUCCAAUGAUUCCAACUGACUUAGUUUUUGAAAGCGACUCGAAGCUGUUACUUCAAGCUCCCAUUUUGGAAGAAUCAAUGCCCCAAUACGGUAGUGUUUCUAGCUCAAGUACUCUUUAUUCUGACCAUGCACGAGCAAGUGUCACCUCAUUAGCAUCGGAUACCCAUUCACUCUAUCACGGAGUGUCUAACCAAACUCGACGUCCAUCCACUCUUUGUUCAGUCAGUCUUGGGCACUUGAGCAAUGAGCAAAAGUCAUAUCAAGCAUCCCUAAGCACUGCCACAACUGCGUCCAUUACAACGCCUUGCUCUCAAUCCAACUCGUGUGUGUUAUCUGAUACUUGUCCUUUGACUCCCAGAGAUACUGUAGUCACCUCUCCACUUUCCAGUAUAGGAGAUACAUGCUCCUCAUAUGGUCAAACAGACAACUGCACUUCAAACUCUCGCACCAAUAGUGUUGAUAUCAAUGCAUUUCCCAAGAUGACAUCACAUGUACAAGAAGCAACGGCUUGGGUACCUAUAGAGUCGGCAGUACCCUGUCUUGCUCAAAGGAGUCCUUCUAGCAUGGCUUAUACAUAUUCAUCAAACAGAACAAGUUAUGCAAUGGGUCCCAGCUCAGUCCAUCCGAAACCUCACGUGUUACCAUGCCGCACCAAUAGCAAUUCUGCCGUAUCCUUCACAUCCACUUCUUCACAACAGCAUGCAUCAUUAUGGACACCUUUUACGCUCGAUGGAAAUUUAUGGGCUACCAACUCGGUGUGUGAUAAUGGUGCUAGACAACUCACUUUCAACACCGAUCCAGACAUUUCAAACGGUUGUAGUCACCAUAUCUACCAAGAUAGACUAGACAGAUCUAUUGCCUAUUGGGAAAAACCACAUUCGUCGUUAAUUUCACAUGGUGACAAAAAACUGUUUAAACAUCAAAUUUUGUACAUACAAUUCAACAAGCAACAAACUCGGGAUUCGGAUGCCGUCGACACCCGUAACUCAUGGCUGGAUCCGCAUUCUUCUGAUCUAUUCGAUUCUAAUUCAAGUGAGGAUUUACAUUUGGUUGAAUUUGAUUCAGAUGAACAGAGUCCUCCAACUCAUUACUGCCUUCCCUCCACGCAUCGCAUUCGACUGUUGUUUCCCUGGUGCAAGUAUAUUGUACGUGCUGGCUGGCUUCCUGAUGAUGCUGGAAUUUGGGCUCAGCUUUUGGACCAAUCUCGAAAACGUACUGCUAUUAUUCGCAUAUCUGAAUCAUUGUUUGUAGAACAUAGCAACGUCAAAAAACCAGUACAUGACACCAUUCAACUAUUGCUUGAAGAAGAGUGUGUUUCUGGCCAUAUUACCAUCAGUGAUGCAUUCUGUUUUGUUCCUGCAUUUGAUGCACGUUCCGGAUUAAAAUCUAAAAAACAGUCGCCUUCAGAUCUUGUCGAGUUUAUCUGGACAAGUAAACGAUCUGGAUUCAAUCAUUUGUAUCUGGUUACAUGCACUCUAAGUAAUACCUUGGCUUUCAAUAGUGACUCUGAAUCACAGCCGACUGCUGAUGGUCUACCAACACCCAAUUCACCAUCCAUUUUGCAUGCAUUGCCAGUAGUUUCAAAUGUUGCUUCCAAAACCCGCCAAAUUACUACUGGUGAUUGGAAUGUUUUACAUUCUCAAAUAUGGGCUGAUGCGGCUCAUAAAUUGGUUUAUUUUAUGGGAACCAAGGAUACACUUUUGGAGCGUCAUUUAUAUGUUUCCAGUUUCCAUCACGACGCUAUUCUGCUAGUAUCAUCAUUUUUAACCACACACGAUACUCAGUCUGACUUUUCUCUCAUGCAGUCUCCAACAUGUUUUUCACGACCAUCUUCUCGACUUACCGUAGCUCAUAUUCAACACAACAUCCGACGCUUGACGGAUCUAGGUAAAUCCCACAGUGUAACCAUGAGCAACUCUUGUUCUCGCUUUGUGACCGUGUUUUCUAGCAUCCUCGAUCCUCCACAAACCAUGGUGUUUGAUAUUGUAUAUUCCGAAAACACCAUUCGUUCUGAUGCGGAUUCAAGUGGAAUUUCUCGAAAAAUUCCCGUCUUGACUCUCCCACCAUCUCCAAUGCACCCCCAAAAGAUCCGACAUCGCAAGGCAUCUGGAACAUGUGUGCAAUCCAAUUCAUCUGUAGCAUCUAGUCCUGAAAUGUAUUACGAUUUAAAACAUCGGCAUAAGUUUUGGAAUGCUUGUGUGAGAAAAAGCCUGGGUACCGUUCCAGACAAAACCCAGCUUAUUCGUACCACAUUGCUUCUUUUUGCCGAUACCAGUGCCACGGCUUCAAUGGAUGCGUAUAUGGAGUUACUUGACAAACACAUCUUGCCUACUACCAAAUUUAUUACCCAAGUACUUCCACCGCUAUCUACCACAAAUGGUAACGAGUCUUCUGAAUCCAUCCGUGAAUCUUCUCGGCGCCAGUCUCUUGUUUAUGAGCGUCUUCCUGUUCCAGAGAUUUUUUCAUUUGUUUCAUCGAAUGGCACCAAAGUUCACGGUAUGAUCUGCAAGCCGCUUCAUUACUGCGAUGGCAUGACUUAUCCCACUAUUGUGUUAAUACACGAUGCACUUUCUGAACAAACUGUUUUGAACGAGUUUCAAUAUCCCAAGUUGCAAGGUGUAUUUAUGGCACUCAAGUUUGGGUUUGCACUUGUGAUUGUGGAUUCUGUUUAUAUUCAUGACACUGGCGGCUGCAGCGUUAGUUUUGUUGGCGAUCAUAUUGAAGCUUUGUUGUAUCUAUCCGUUGGAUGCAAUCAGGCUCUAUUCAACAAGGAGCUUGAUAGCGCCAAAGCAAAACCAGCAGAACCUGUCGAUCCAUAUGAUUUAUUUGAUCUACCUGAAUAUGCAUACGGAUGUUCGUCUAGUACUAGCAUGACGCCUAGUUCCUUUAUUUCUUCCUCACAGCCUGCGCUCAAGUCUUUUGAUUCUGCUACACUUUCCUGCAUAUGGGACUCGGUCAAGAUGAAAAAGUUUUGUGGCGAAUACUCUGGUUUAAUUGAUAUGGAUCGUGUAUUUGUUCAAGGUGUGGGCCGUGGUGGACAUGUAGCUGUGCUAUCAAUCUGCCACUUUCCAACCGUGUUUAAACUUGCACUAGCGAUUGCUCCUCGGGUUAUGGCCAAUGUCGAUGGUGGCAUGGAUGGUGUUGCAAAGCAUUUCAGAUCCAUGCCUGACGAUCCUCACCACCGAGUUAUGAUUGUUGACAAUCAUGACGAAUCGGAUUUGGUUCGUGGAAUUGAAUCAAGUGGCAAGACGUGUCAUGUUGCUCCGUAUGCGUUCGAUACCCAUCCCAUGAAUUCUUACACAACCAUCAAGAAUAUGGACAUAUUAUCUAUGUGUUGGUUCCAGUCUCAUUUUUGA